AUGCGCUCCUUCAUCCCCCUCGCCGCCCUCGUCGGCCUCGCCUCCGCCCACUUCCAGCUCAAGUACCCUCCCACCAUCGGCUUCGAGGACUCCAAGGAAGACACGGCGCCCUGCGGCGGCUUCACCCCGGACCUGACCAAGUCGGACCUCCCCGACUUCCACAUCGGCGGCGACGCCGUCGCCGUCCGCCUCAGCCACCCGCAGAGCAAGUGGCUCUUCCGCGUCACCACCGGCGACGUCACCGAUGACAAGAGCUGGGAGCAAAUCUACCCCAUCGUGCUGCAGAGCGGCCUCGGCGACUUCUGCCUGCCCGCGCUGACGGUGCCGUCCAAGUACGAGGGCAAGAAGGGCGUGCUUUCGAUCGUGUCGUCUGCGGUGGAUGGUCUGCUGUUCCAGUGCUCCGCGGUCAACUUUGUCUCGGGCUCGCAAAAGGCGCCUUCGCAGUGCACCAACGCCACGCUCACGGCCAGCUUCAGCAGCGACUCCGCGCUGUCCGCCCUCGUCGGCAGCGGCGGCAGCAACGCGACAGCCACCUCAGGCAGCGGCAGCAGCACGUCCACCUCGGCCACCGCCAGCCCGUCGGCGACCAAGAACGCGGCCGCCGCGGUGCAGGCCGGCUCCGGGGUGCUGGCCGUGCUCGGCGGACUGCUGCUCCUCUAA